AUGCCGUUCGAGCCUAUGAAUAGCGUUGGGUGUUUGCCGGGCGACGGCCCGGCAGCAUACGCCUCGUCGCAUGUCGCUGCCUGCGCCCUCGCCAACGGGCCCGAACCUGCCGCGGGCGCGCCUCCGCCUGCAAACGUGAUCCCCGGCAUGCCCGCCACACCCACUUGGUCAAUUGCCGCCGUGUGGGGCGAGCCUGAGGAGCUGUCCGCCACCGAAACCCUGCAAGAGGCGCCCGCAGUCGUGCGCGCCGAGACCCUUCCCUCGACCCAGUGGACGCCCGCCCUCCUGGCGCGCCUGACCUCGGGCCUCGUGAAGGACCGCAACCGCUUUGUGUGCCUGCAGCUCGCAACCAUGGCCGCGGAGCAGCUGGCCAAGGUCGACGCCGCGCGCGCCGCCGGCGACGCCGCGGCGCUGCGUGCGGCGCGGAGCGUCUUCUUGUCCACCCUCGAGGCGGGCGGCGAGGUCGUGGGGGGCGCGCUGCACUACCCGCGGCCCGCGAGCAAGAAGCAGGGAGCGGCGGCCGCGGCCGCGGCGGCGGGCAAGGGCGCGGGCGUGGGCGAAGCCAUGGGCGGCGCCGGGGCCGCCGGCGGCGGCAGCAGUGAGGUGUUUCCCCAUGUGUACGUCGAGCUCAUCUGCAUCAACCAGCCCGGCAAGGGCUACGGCUCCCUGCUGCUGCAGCACGUCGAGGCGUUCGCGCUGUCCAACGACCACGCCCUGCUGCGCGCCGCGCUCGACUGCGCCGGCGCCGCGCCCCCAGCCCCGGCUGCGGCCGCCCCCGCCUGCGCGCCAGACUGCUCCGCGUGCCUGCGCGGCAUCAAGCUGCUGUCUGUCGCGUCGGCCCAGAGGUUCUACUCCUCAAACGGCUUCUCAGAGCCGGAUGACUGCAGGGAAAUGUUCAAGGCCCUCGCCAACGUGCGCCGCGGCCUGCGCGUCACGUGA